CCCGGAUUUCAGCACGUUUCAGUCUUGGUGGCGCCGACUCGGCUGAAAACAUUCGAUUUAAAAAUAAAAUGAGUCGGGUUCAAGUUGGCACUGCAAUUUUUCGAUAAUGAGUUGUGGGGAGUUGUUCCUAAAAGGUGCCAGCAGCACUUUCACCGGAUAUUUUCUCAUAGUCAGCAUAGCUUUCCUGCUGUAUGGCCUCACGACCACUUACUACCUCCUCAAAAGCAACAGUGUUGAAACACUGGAAGAAGAACUGGUCUCACUGCCUUCGCUUUGCCUCAUUUUCUUUGGAUUUCUUCUCUUCCUUUUUAUAAUCUUGGGGUGUUGUGGGAUUUGUCGGGAAAUCCCCUGUUGUCUUGAAACUUAUUCUAUUUUCCUUGCACUGCUAGCUGCCGCUCAGCUCAGUAUAGGAAUUUUUGCUUUAGUGCGUUUUAGCGUAAAUAAUGAAGAUUUUCAAAUACGAAUACGUGACGAUGUUGGAAAAAUGUUUGAUACAUACUACAAUAAUCGCACACAAUUGGACAAUACCCAGCAGUGGAUGAAAUGUUGCGGAGUUGAUGUUGGACCAAAUGAUUGGCUACUAAAUCGCACAAUUCCAUCAUCAUGUUGCGAAAACUUGUCACCGAAUUGUUCUAUUAUUUCAGACAGCAUUUAUCGUGAGGGUUGUGGACAGAAACUUUAUUUUUACAUUGUUGGUACCAAUUAUAUUGUUGGGUUGGCACUUAUAGUUACGGCUGUAACCGAGUUGAUUGCUUCUGUGAUGGGGAUUGGGUUGUCUUGUGCCUUUUGGAGGAACAGUAGGGUUAUGUGGAUUUGAUCUUUAUAKGUUUGAUAAGUUUAUUAAUUUAUAAUGGCAGUAUGUUACCUACAUGUUGAUUAAAAAGUGUGUUUAUUUAUA